AUGCCUGACGCACAAGCAGCAGCACCGGCCGAGGAGGGCAAAGGGCCGAUCAGGACGAUUGUACAGAGCGUCGGUAUCUUCCUCCUGAUUCAGGGUGCUAUGAAGUAUAUUCUGCCACAGGCAUCCAAGGCUCCUGUCACGCCGGUUCCUUCGCAAGACGGAACUUCGGUUGCUCCUCCGUCCGCCAACGGCCAGCCUGUUGCGAUUCCCGCGUGGGAGAACCGUCCCCGUUCAUACGAUGCUGGCGUACAACAUAGCAUCAUCCCAUAUAAUGUUGCGCCCAUGUGGCCCGUUGGCACCGAGGUCGACUUCUCCAUGUACAUCUCCUCGUCCAUUGCCAUGCCCCCGCUCGACAGCAUGCCCACGGAAUCGCUUCUGAUUGAGGAGAAGAACUUCAAGUUUGGAGACUAUAGCCAGAACAGGGAGAUUAACACCGAGUUCAAGGUGCCCAAGGAUCGGUAG